GGGAAAUACCAUGAUCCGCCUCUCACAGAUCCGCCUCCAUCACAUAUACACAGAGGUCCAGGCAUCCAGAUUCCACAGACCCUGAGGACAGAGACAGCUGAUUUAAAUCCCUGAGACAGCACCGGAGACCCCAAGAAGAAGAUGAGUGCCUCCCAGGAACAAGUGCACCUCAGCAGGUCAGAGGUGUGUGGGAUGAUGAGGGAAGAGCUGUACAGUGAAAUGGAUUUUCAGCAGUCUCAGACCCACAUGUUCAUUGUAGUUGGCGCUUCGGGAGAUCUGGCCAAAAAGAAGAUCUACCCGACCUUGUGGUGGCUGUAUAAUGACGGGCUCCUUCCUGAAGAUACCUAUAUAGUGGGGUUUGCACGUUCAAAGCUGACUGUGCAGGACAUCCGGAAACAAAGCGUGCAGUACUUCAAGGUUACAGACAGUGAUGCAGGGAAGCUGGAUUCAUUCUUUAAGAGGAACUCCUAUGUCUCUGGACAAUACUCUGAUGAAGCUUCUUUCAAAGCUCUCGAUAAACAUCUGCAGUCACUGCCCAAUGGGUCAAAAGCCAACCGCCUGUUCUAUUUAGCAGUACCACCCAGUGUGUAUCUAGAUGUGACCCGGAACAUCAGAGUCACCUGUAUGAACACAACUGGCUGGAAUCGGGUGAUUGUGGAAAAGCCGUUUGGGAAGGACCUGGACAGUUCAAAUAAAUUAUCUGAGCACAUCUCCUCCCUCUACCAGGAGAACCAGAUCUACCGUAUUGACCAUUAUUUGGGCAAAGAGAUGGUGCAGAACCUCAUGGUGCUCAGAUUUGGCAACAGGAUAUUUGGACCCCUCUGGAACCGGGAUCACAUUGCCUCUGUGGUUUUGACAUUUAAAGAGCCGUUUGGAACACAUGGUCGUGGAGGAUACUUUGAUGAAUUUGGCAUUAUAAGAGAUGUGAUGCAGAAUCACUUGCUGCAAAUGAUGUGCUUGGUGGCCAUGGAAAAGCCGGUGUCCACUAACUCUGAUGAUGUGCGGGAUGAGAAGGUGAAGGUGCUGAAGAGCGUACCUGCGCUGACCCUUAACAAUAUUAUUUUGGGUCAGUAUGUUGGUAAUCCGGAGGGGCAAGGGGAGGCUCAGAAGGGCUAUCUGGAUGACCCCACAGUACCUAAAGGAUCGGUCACCCCAACAUUUGCCACGGCUGUGCUGUACGUGCAGAACGAGCGGUGGGACGGUGUUCCGUUCAUCAUGCGCUGCGGGAAGGCUCUGAAUGAGAGAAAAGCAGAGGUAAGGCUGCAAUUCCGUGAGGUUCCAGGUGAUAUUUUCCAAGGACAGUGUAAAAGGAAUGAGCUGGUGAUAAGAGUUCAACCAGAUGAAGCCGUCUACACAAAGAUGAUGACCAAGAAGCCGGGGAUGUUCUUCAACCCUGAGGAGUCUGAGCUAGACCUGACAUACGGGAGCAGAUAUAAGGAUGUAAAGCUGCCAGAUGCGUACGAGAGACUGAUUCUGGAUGUGUUCUGUGGAAGCCAGAUGCACUUUGUGCGCAGUGAUGAGCUGAGGGAAGCCUGGCGAAUCUUUACUCCCAUCCUGCACCAACUGGAGAAAGAGAAGAUCAAACCCCUGCCCUACAAAUAUGGGAGCCGCGGUCCCCAGGAAGGUGAUCUGUUGAUGCAGAGUGUUGGCUUCCGAUAUGAAGGAACAUAUAAAUGGGUAAAUCCUAACAAACUGUGAUCCCUUCCCUGAAGACAUCUCCAUCUGAUGGAUUCUGGCAUCUCAACAAACUCCCCAUCGCAACCAGUUGCAACAUCUCAGACUGUGGGGACCAAAGUACAACAACAAUAAUACUAUAAUGCUACAUACAGCAUUAAGUGACGUCGCAGUUUACAUUUCAUACCCUCUGUCCCUGUUGCUUCCUCCGGCUUCUCUGUAAUACCUACCAGGUGCAUUCCUGGAGCUACCUGUAUACCCUGCUGCUGUAGAUCAGAUGGACUGGUUGUUAGUGAUGGAGAUGAAACGUUUCUGGCCUCACUGAUGACGUUAGACAGUUUGACACGUGUUCUCUUGGUAGCUUUUGUGUUUUGCUUUUAUUUUGAUACCGGUUAUAUAGUAAAUACUUUCAUGCAUA